UGUAUUAUUUGAUGAUGGUGAAAUACGAAUAAAAACACGAGAAGAUGAUAUAUUUCUCAUGAACGAUAACACACGUAAUUUAAUAAUUAGCGAAGAAUUGGAUGCAAACAUACAAGAACCAUUUCCAAAAGGGAAACCAAUACCAAUAAAAAUUGGUAAAUUUACUGGAUUACUUGAUAAUGGUAAAUUAAUAUUGAAAACUGAAGAUGGUGAUACAACAUUCACUUUCCAUAACACAUUGAGCCUUGAAGUCAAAAAAACGUCUACAACUUUACAAAAUGAAAUUGCUGCUAAAAAAAAAGAACAACCUGAAAUAAUACUAGAGAAAGAUGGUAAAUUUAAUUUUAUUUAUCCAGGUAGUAAAUCAACAUUAAAAACACCGACAAGUGAAAAAAAGUGGCCGAGCAUGAUAAACCCUGAUGACAGCUUGUUUUUACCAUUAUAUCACGACACAUUUCCAAUAAUUGGCAAUUUUAGUUUCUCAUUUGAAGAUACAGUAAAAAUACAAGCAGACGAAAGUGAUGAAGUUUAUUAUUUCAAACAUAAUGUGAAUAUUGAAUGUGACAGAAAAUUGGAUGAAAAUUUACAAAAUAAAAUUGCUGUUGUAAAAGAACUUCCAGAAAGUGAUGAUGCAACUAAAGAAUUAUCUUUAAGAAAAAUAUUAACUAAAGAAACAAAAACAUGUGAUGUAUUAAUUGAUAGUGGUACAGUAGUAUUCAAAACAGAAGAUGGUGAUAAAUUUGCUGUCCGACACAUACUUGAUGUAGAUGUUUUCGAUGAUGGUGCAAAAACAUAUCUUCGUUGGAACUUGCAAUUAACACCAUUUCAUUAUAAACAAAUUACUAUAUCAAAGAUCAAACUUUUUAGAAUACAUUUUUAA